AACACCUCGAGCAUCACGGAAGUGUUCCGCGCGGCGUUAGCUAUGCUUCGAAAGAUAAAUUUAGCAAAUAUCGUUGUUUUUCCGCAUUGUUUGCGCUUUUAGCCGUUAUUAGAUUAUUACUUAGAUUUUCAAUGGACUCUGGCUUCGUUGACUGUCACUGUCACAUAUCAGCCCGUGAAUUUGAAGAGGAUCUGGAGGUUGUGAUCCAGAGGACCAGAGAGGCCGGGGUAAAGACUCUGGUUGCAGUUACAGAAGAGGUCGGGGAAUUCAACAGAGUUCUCCAGCUGCAACACCGCUAUCCAGAUCUGGUGGCUCCAUGUUUUGGCAUCCAUCCGCUGCAGGGCGGUGGGGGGCCUGAGCAGCGCAGCGUGAAGCCUCAGGACCUGGAUGCUGCCCUGCCAUUGUUCUACAAACACAGAGAACGCCUCGUUGCUAUUGGAGAGAUUGGCUUAGACUUCACACCGUGGUGCGCUCCCACUCAGCAGGACAGAGACGACCAAUCAACCGUCUUCAUUAAACAGCUCAACGUCGCCAAGGAGCUGGACCUACCUGUGAACGUCCACUCACGAUCAGCUGCUAGAGUCACCAUAGAAACCCUGAGAGAACGAGGUAUCAGUCGCGCUCUGCUUCAUAACUUUGCCGGGAAGCCGUCGGUCGCUCUGGAGGGUGUGAAGGCCGGUUACCUCUUCUCCUUUCCCCCUGCUGUCUGCAGGAACCAACAGAGAGACAAACUGAUCAAGCAGCUCCCACUGGAGCACAUCUGUCUGGAGACCGACUCUCCUGCACUGGGGCUCGACAAGCACGUGAGGAAUGAGCCCGCUAACAUCGCUCUGUCCUGCCGGUACAUCGCUGACGUCAAAGGUCUGUCACCGCAGACUGUUCAGCUCGUCACGGCGCAGAACGCUCGCAGACUCUUCCCCAAGGCCGACAGCCGAAUGAAAUCACCUGUGGGCUCAGACUCCUUCACCUGCACCUUGCACCUCCUGCAGCAGACUCCCACUGGGUCAAACCCUGAUUAGGAUUAGAGCAGAUAAUGGCCUGAGCAUAUGGACGGGCUAAUUACAGGAGGACCAAGCAUCAGCGUUACAGAGCUGACGGUUAGUCCAGGAGUUCACAUCUAUCAACAACUGUCACAUCAUUUAUUUGAUUGUUCUACGUCAACAUCUUUCAUUAAAUCAGCUCUUAUAGAAAUGAUAAAUGUGUGUAAGCUGAUUAAACACACAUUUAAUGUGCACUGCUCCUUAAUGUUUAAUAUUGCUGUUGUAUUUGAUAAUAGUUGUCUCAUUAAAUUACUACAUUUGUUAAUAAAUAGUGUUUUCAUCA